UCAUGUUGAUCAGGCAGGUUGCGGAUCAACCACCCACGUACACUGUCAAAAAAAAAAUCAUCACCAGCUAUCAUGAAGUUCACACUUCCUGCUGCCCUCGUGUUCGUUACUUCGGCACUCGCGACGUGCUCAUAUUCAGAAACGAGCUCACCCUUCAGCAUUUUGUUAAGCUCACAACCGAAUUGCGAUGGCUCAACAUUCGAGACGGAUCAGGGAUAUAGUGAGCCAUGCGCGUGCACGCCAGUCCCUUCAGAGUUGGUUGGCAAUGUCAGCUCGAUAGUCACCCAGACAAGCAGCACAGGUCAAGUGCUCUUGUUCUUGGACGUGCACUGUUCGGGCCCACCCAAUUCGACGCACUCUGGACAGUGGAUGGAUUCAGACGUGACAGGGCCAUUGAAAUACCUUCAAGCCUUCAGUUUCUGUGGAGGAGCCAGCACCCCUCAGUAAUCAUAGGUAGUCCUGCAGGACUCCGCUAAACCUUUACAUGUCUUGUAGGUUUUCAAGGAUGUUGAAUUAGAUUUAGUGAUACAUGCGUGAAAGCUACUGUGUCUGGGCACCGUAACCCCUGAUGCUUUCUGCGAAUGACCAUGCAGUCUCGAGCUGCAUCGAAUCACUGAUAGACACUCCUGCGCUAGAGAUGGUGGCAAUUUGGAACUGAAAAGAAGUCAGUUGACAAUGUGAUAACAACAUCAUUUUUGAA